ACGUCUUUUUCCCCCUCAGCUGCAUGUAUCUUUAGCCUACCAAAUCGUAACCGUCCCGCCAGUAGGUUUCUUUUCAAAGCCUCUCCCUCUCUCUUUCCUCCAGUGCUUCGUAUUUCUAGUUUUCCACGAACAACGAUUAGUGCAAGUAGAGAAGAUUGUUGGGUCAUUUCUGGUUUCCAUUCACUAGUUUCUCUAUUCUUGGGAAGAAUCUAAAAGUAUUUCCAGGGAAAAUAUCAAUACAUACGACUACUAAGUAUGAUAUUAUACGGGAUCUGUUUGUGUUGUUAGCCGUUCAAUAUUGAGUUCACGUAAAUUUCUGAGUUUGUGUUUUCACUCAUGGCUUGGAGCAAACUGGGAUCGCUUUUCUCUUUUCUGAAUUUCCAGCGUAUAUUGCAGCAACGGCGACAAGAACGGCAGCAACAGCCACAGUCAGAGAGAAUAAGGGAGGUUCAGAUUGGUAGACACCCUAUCAAAACACAUGGAGCCAAAGUCGCAAGGGAUCACUUGCAUGAUUGGCUAAUAUUGAUGCUUCUUGUAGUAAUAGAGGUUGUUCUAUUUAUAAUCCAUCCAUUUUACCGCUUCGUUGGAAAGGAUAUGAUGACCGACCUCAAGUAUCCCAUGAAACAAAACACGGUGCCGGUGUGGGCUGUCCCUAUGUAUUCCAUUUUAUUACCAAUCUGUGUAUUCCUUGUCGUCUAUUAUCGUAGGAGAGAUGUCUAUGAUCUGCACCACAGCGUCUUAGGCCUCUUGUUUGCUGUGCUGAUUACAGCUGUUGUCACCGAUGCAAUAAAAGUUGCUGUUGGUCGGCCACGGCCAGACUUUUUCUGGCGUUGCUUUCCUGACGGGAAGGAUAAUUAUGAUCAAUGGGGUAAUGUUAUCUGUCAUGGCAACAAAGCAGACAUAAAGGAAGGACAUAAGAGCUUCCCAAGCGGCCAUGCAUCAUGGUCUUUUGCAGGCUUAGGUUAUCUCUCACUGUAUUUAUCUGGAAAAAUCAAGGCAUUUAAUCGCGAAGGGCAUAUAGCCAGACUCUGCAUCAUUUUUCUUCCUCUGCUUGCGGCAUCUCUUGUUGCCAUUUCUCGAGUUGAUGACUAUUGGCACCAUUGGAACGAUGUGUUUGCUGGUGGCCUUCUAGGCCUUGUGGUGGCAGCAUUUUGCUACCGGCAGUUCUUCCCGAACCCAUAUGAGGAUGAAGGAUGGGGCCCGUAUGCUUAUUUUGAUGCAUUACUGGAGGAGACAAAUGCCAACAGAGAGGCUGCCCAGACCACAAAUGCACUUAAUGUGCGGAACAUGGAGGUACAAGUUGGGAAUCAAACGCCUGGAUCAAAUGGUGAUAACUUUUCAUCACCACCUUUGGUUUCUCAACCAAUCUCCAGAUUAGAUGAUAUCGAAUUAGGAAGGAGUUGAAGCUGCAUGUAUAUCUCCUGUUCUUGAUUAGCAUGUACAUUUAAGGAAGUAUACGACAACAUUAUGUAACUCAACCAUAUAUUCUUGUUUAGCAAAUUAAAUAGGAUCAUAAUGUUUGAUUUUCGUGAAUGCAAGAGUGAUUUCUGGUUGAUUUCUA